GGCACUUUUGGUUUUUCUCUACAAGCCUCAUCUGUUUUUGUGUUCGUCGAAGUAGCUCAACUUCACCAAUCGUCCUGUGCAUCUUGACUGAGAAUUCUUUAAAAAUUCUCAUUGCGGUCCAACGUUUACGAAUAUCUGAAUAAUAUUUUGAUUAGGUUCCUCGUGUAUUAUCUAAAAAGACACAUUUUUAUAAUUAUAUACUUUUCGUGGUUACGUUCUUCUAGGAGGCUUAAAUUUGUCUUGAUCAUACCUGAAACUUUAUUUAGUAAUUUUAAAAAGAUGGCUCUUAAGAUUCGCGUUGAUUCACCCAAGGUGAAAUACACGCAGGAUUAUAUUGAAGCCCAGUACGAGUAUCAGACGACUAAUGUCACAAGGACAGGAGAUAAGGAUUUAAAGUAUUUGGUCACACCUGUCUCUACAAAUUUACUGAUUAGGACUCAAUUGAAAGUCCCAAAGUUAGGGGUAAUGCUUGUUGGAUGGGGUGGUAAUAAUGGGACAACAAUCACUGCUGCAUUGUUGGCUAACAAGAUGAAUCUGUCUUGGGAUACUAAAGACGGUCGUAAAAGCGCCAACUGGUAUGGCUCUCUUACUCAAGCAUCUACUGUGAAAUUAGGCAGUAGUGGAAGUGAAGAUAUUUUUGUUCCUAUGUCAUGGAUGUUGCCAAUGGUCAAUCCUAAUGAUAUUGAACUUGAUGGAUGGGAUAUUUCAGAUAUGAACUUGGCAGAUGCCAUGGAACGUGCCAAAGUAUUAGAUUUCAAUUUACAGAAGCAACUUAAACCAUAUAUGGUAGAUAUGAAACCCAGGAAAAGUUUAUACUACUCUGAUUUUAUUGCAGCGAAUCAGGAACAACGAGCUAAUAACAUUAUCUCUGGUUCAAAGAUCGAACAAUUAAACUUGAUCAGGAAAGACAUAGUAGAGUUUAAAUCUGCUAAGAAUUUGGACCAAGUAAUAGUCUUGUGGACUGCUAAUACUGAGAGAUUUUCCAGUAUUCUUCCUGGCGUCAAUGAUACUGCCGAUAACUUGUUAAAAUCCAUUAAGGAGGAUCAUCCAGAAAUUAGUCCAAGUACAAUGUUUGCUGUUGCAGCAACUCUUGAAGGUUGUACCUAUAUAAAUGGAUCUCCACAAAAUACAUUUGUACCAGGCGCAAUAGAAUUGGCCGAACGUCACAAAACGUUCAUCGGCGGUGAUGAUUUUAAAUCAGGGCAAACAAAACUGAAAUCAGUCCUUGUGGACUUUUUGGUCUCAGCAGGGAUUAAACCGGUUUCAAUUGUUAGCUAUAAUCAUCUUGGAAACAAUGAUGGUUACAAUUUAUCAGCUCCACAACAGUUCAGAUCAAAAGAGAUCUCCAAGAGCAACGUUGUGGAUGAUGUGGUACAGUCCAACAACAUUUUGUAUAAACCUGGAGAGCAUCCUGAUCAUUGUGUUGUCAUAAAAUACGUUCCCUAUGUUGGUGAUAGCAAGAGAGCCAUGGAUGAAUAUACAUCUGAAAUAAUGCUGGGUGGUCACAAUACCAUCGUGGUGCAUAACACUUGUGAAGAUUCCUUAUUAGCAAGUCCAAUCAUUCUAGAUUUGGUGAUCCUGGCAGAACUUUGUUCACGUAUCACUUUUAAACAGAUGGAUUACAAGAACGAGGAGUUUUCAGGAUUUCACAGUAUACUAUCAAUUCUUUCAUACUUGUGUAAAGCCCCAUUGGUGCCGCAAGGAACACCCAUUGUGAAUGCCUUGUUCAAGCAACGAGCUGCUAUUGAAAAUAUUCUUAGAGCUUGUUUGUCUUUACCUCCAGAGAAUAAUAUGCUUCUAGAGUACAAGAUCCGUUUGAAUAAAAAACUAUAGGAUUGUUAGGCAUCAAAUGCCUAUGUGAAUCAUGGGAAACCAAUUGAAAAACAAACUAGUAUUUCUAAUUAUUCCACAGGGUACAAAUAAAAUGAAUAUUUGUUCAUAAUUAUAAUAUAUAACAAACAAAUAAUUGCUUUGUGUCCUAAAAAAAUUUAGGAUAUAUUUUUCCACUGAAAUUUAUUAUCGAUGUAUUUUAACAAAUUGAAAAGUCAAAGUAUUUUUAUUAAACACAAACCAUUAUUUAAACAAGUA